UGCUUAUGAAUUUUAAAAUGUUAUAUAAUGUAGCAUCUUUAUUUGAUAUCCAUCUGACCAGGAUCAAUAAAUUCACACUGUAUGAGGUGAUGAACGUUUGAUAGCAUCAGUGGAUCAUCUUGUACGUAGUGGUUAAAAGUUAAUAAAUGUUCAAUUGGGAGUGCAUAUCUUCAAACUGUGAUUCACCAUGAAAAUUACUGGGUGGAAGUGUACAAUUGUUUUAUGUUGUGCUGCUGCAUUUAAUUCUGUAUCUGCUCACACAACCAUAUCUACUACUUCUGGUAACAUCCAAUGGCCAACGACUGAAGCUCACACAACUAUAUCUACUACGUCUGGUGAUACCCAACGGCCAACGACUGAAGUAAAGGAUACUGGAACACAACGGCCAACUACUAAAGCUCUCACAACCACAUCUAUGACUUCUGGUGAUACCAAACGGCCAACGACUGAAGGUCUCACAACCAUAUCUACGACUUCUGGUGAUACCCAACGGCCAACUACUGAAGCUCUCACAACAACAUCUACGACUUCUGGAGAUACCAAACGGCCAACGACUGAAGCUCUCACAACCAUAUCUACGACUUCUGGUUAUACCAAAUGGCCAACGACUGAAGUUCUCACAACCAUAUCUACCACUUCUGGUCAUACCCAACGGCCAACUACUGAAGCUCUCACAACCAUAUCUACGACUUCUGGUGAUACCCAACGGCCAACUACUGAAGAUCUCACAACCAUGUCUACGACUUCCGUUGAUACCCAAAGGCAAACGACUGAAGCUCUCACAACAAUAACUACUAGUUUUGUUGAUACUCAACGGCCAACAACCGAAGCUAAGAAUACUCAUAACAAUUUCUACUUUGUAGCUCUCACAACCAUAUCUACUACUUCUGGUGAUACCCAACGGCCAACGACUGAAGCUCACACAACCAUAUCUACUACUUCAGCUGAUACCCAAAAGCCAAAGAAAGAUGAAGGUCAAGUAACUUUUGAAGAAGUGGAAACACCAGAAGUAUCCAACGUUCGUCUGACGACGUCAGAAUCAGAUAGCGUCGUCACAUUCACGGCUUCAGCUGCUGCCAAUUUGGCAAAUGAUGGACCAUUCAGCAUUGUUGCAAGUCUGAUUGUGCUCAAGGAAAAUGCCCCUCUGGAAACUGCUAAUGGAGAGGUGUUACCUAGUGUGAGUGAUGUUGUGGAUAUUAAUAUUUACGAUAAAAAUCAGAAUAAAAUAAGUACCGACAGUGAGAUCCAGUUUCCUUCUAUUAAGAAUACAACUUCAGAAAAUGUUACCAAUGGCAAUCUAAUUCCAGUAUGUCAUCACACACCUAAUUUUACUCAAGACACACCUGUUGUAUGGUCAACUGACGGAUGUAAAACUGUGUAUGAUGACUACCGUGUCAGUGGCCUGACGUGCAAAUGUUCUCACCUGACGUCAUUUGUCAUUUUGAUGAAAGAAGAACCGCUUGAUGAGCCACCUGGAAUUUUGUCCAUGAUUACAAUCGUUGGAAUUGCAAUUUCCAGUUUUUUUCUCAUCAUCACUCUCAUUACCAUCCUCGGUUUCAGAGGUUUAAGGAGCUCUGAUCGCUACAGAAUUUUGUGCCACUUGGUCAUUGCCCUACUAUGUGUCAAUUUCUUAUUUUUUCUCCUGCAAUUUCAUGGAAAGAACACGAUUGAUAUGGAAAGAUCCUCUCCUAAAAUUACAUGCAGUCUUCUUGCUGGAUGCCUGCACUACUGUUUUUUGGUAGCUUUCUCGUGGAUGUUGAUCAUGUCAACAGAUCUUUACAUGAAGGUUAUACUUCCGUUUGCUGACCAUGAAAAACGCUUUGUUUACAGUCGUUACAUUGGUUGGAUUGGACCCGCCAUUGUUGUGGUGACGACUGCUGGAAUAACAAGGGAGAACUACGCAUCGGACAAGUGCUGGUUGGAUUCUGAGUCAGGUGCCAUCUGGGCUUUCAUUGCUCCUGUUUGUCUCACUCUUUUGAUUGUCCUGGUACAGCUGGUGAAUACUGGCUUAGUAGCUUUUGAAAAAUCCAAAGUUAUGAACCAUGAAGAAACUCAAAACUUCCAACGAAUCAGAACUCUAUUCGUCGGUAUGCUUCUGCUUACACCAGCUGUUGGACUUACAUGGAUUUUUGGUGUUAUAAUUGUCUUUAGUGAUUCGGAGGUGAUGGAAUACAUAUUUGUAUUUGUAAAUUCCUUGCAAGGAUUUUUCAUCUGGCUCUCGCAAUGCGUUUUCAGCCAAGAGGUUCGGCUUACAUUGAUGAAGAGGUUCAAAAAUAGAAUAGAACAAGAUACUAGCACCACAAACACCAACCGUGAUACGAUUGAAGUCUUGCAGGCCUAACGCUUCAGGUUCCUCGGCACAAACCCCCUGCUAUUUAUUUUGUAGACACGGUUUAUCCAGCCAUAUAUAGAAAAGCAAUAUUCUACUUAUAAUCCUUUUUUGUUUUAGUUUAAUAGUAAUUUCUCAAAAACAUGUAUAAUGAUCAAUUAAACCAAUUUAUGUAAAAAAAUAAAAAUAUAUCAAAAAUACAUCUGUUGGUAACUCAUGCUAAGUAUAUUCAGUGCGGGUAGGGAAGCAUUCAUACAAAUAAUAGAUGUUUGGUACCAUUAUUAGCAAAGGUGUAAUUUUUAGAAUUAGUCCACCUGCAGAAUAGACUGAUUUUUGUAGUUUAGUAGUGGCAUAGAACUACAUGACUACUCUUACUGCAUCGGUACCUCAUGCUACAGUUUUUAAUGGGGCAUUAUUAUUUAUAGAUAGUUUUUCAUCCAAUUUCCUACUAUUUAUACUUAACCCUUUGAACCCUGCAUUAUUUACAUCUUGCGUCACCCUCACCCUGAGUUAUUUGGACAAAAUAUGUUUUUUUUUUAUUACAAUCAUCACCACCACCUCCUAGGCCCUGUAUCGCUACCAUAGCCAUCCAUCAACCCGACGCACAACUAUCAUCACUACCACUGCUGGCACUAGCACUAUCGUGAUCGGCCUAGCUUAGGGCUAGAAACUACACUCUUUCCAAAUCACUUCCUGGAUAAUCGUCAUCAUCAAUAUUUUUUUGGGAGUCAUAAAGUAUCGAUCGUAAAGCAUGUUGGCAUUUAUUGUCAAAUUAUUCAAUAUAAAUUUUUUUCAAAAAAAUCAACAUGUACGAGGUUAUCAAAAUGACUCGGGAAUGGUGGUGUCACAAAAUUACGUCAUAUUACUCAUACUGGUCAGGUGAUUACCCCAAAUAACGUCACCUGACCCGCAAAGCCGGUAUACCGGCCUUUAGGGUUAAUGCAGCGUAAGCGCACGGCCGUUUUUCCAGCCUUCCCGGGUUCAAAGGGUUAAGGACCAACUUGUAGUAUAAUAAUAAUAAGUGCCAUCAAAAAAACAGUUUUGAGGUUCCUGGUCUAAGGUAAUAACAUUUUAAAGACCUUGGCCUAGUACUAUAAACAGGUAGAAAUAUUAUGUAACAGGGGGACAAGAGAAAUGGCUACUGUAGCAAAAUGCCCAACCCCAGGCGACAAAGUUAAUCUGUCCCCCACAACCCCAUAGUUAUGAGCAUGGUGCUAACUCUGAAGUACUGAGACUGUAAUAUUUACAUGCUAUAGUGCGCAUAUUUAUGUACCAGGUUCUAUAAAUCGAUCUAUGUAGAAUUAGAUUUCAAGUGUUGUAAAUUUUAUCACCAUUGCCUGUUUCAUACAAAUAUUGUACAGUAAAUGCCAAACACCAUUAAGAAUCACCACACGAAUUGCAUACAAAAAAUUCAAACAAAAUUAUUACUUAUUGAUAUGGCAACCACCUAAUAAGUAGGUAAUCAAAUAAAAUUUGAUCACAUUUCACCAAUAUUGAAACAGCUUCACUGGUUACCAAUUCGCCAACGAAUUCGAUUCAAAUUGCUGCUGUUCGACUGGAAAUCAUUCAACAAAAUGUCACCUACAUACAAUAUGUGCGAACUAAUAUCUAUGCAUGUCCCCAAAUGCAGUUUAAGAUCAGCGGACAAACACCUAUUAAUUGUACCUAGGACUGCAUCUUCAUACGGUGAUCACGCAUUCUAUGCAGCAGCACCCAGGCUCUGGAAUGCGCAUUACCAAUUGAACUCCGCAGAUGCAGUUCGCUUGAUGUUUUUAAAAAGACUCUUAAAACACAUUUAUUUCAAUUGCUUUUAAUCAUUAAUUGUUUUUAUCAUUGUACUUUUAUAAUGUUGUUUUUUGAUUUUCCAUGUUUAGUAUGUUUGUGUGCGCCUCGGGAUAGGUUUACCUGGAUAGAUGGCGCAUUAUAAAUGCAUUAUUAUUAUUAUUAUUAUAUACCAGGAAUAAGCAUUUGAUUUUUCAAUAGAGUUUACAUGCUUUUUUCAUUGUAAAAAGUCUGAUUUGAAAAUGUCAUUUAUCAAUAUUUUAAAUGCAAGAAAAAAAUCUCAGAGCUCAAUACAAUUUAUAGCAAAUAUAGUCAAAUUGCAAGGCAAGAAUUAGUAUCACUCGCAAUAUAAGAUAAGUAGAAUUCUCACGAUGAUUGUAGUUUGUAUGUGAUUAUUGUGUGAUUAAACACAGGCUAAUAAAUGAUGAAUGAGACAUGUACAUGGCAUCUAAUUGUGUGUUUAUUUUGUAGUAUAUUUGUUUAGUUAUCCAGACAUUGUCUAGUUAUUGUAAACAUAAGUAAAAUGAGCAUUGAUAUUAUCUUUGACCACAUUGUCUUUGAUCAUUCAAUUUGGAACUGUGCUAUAUAAAACAUAUUUGGCAUUAUUGUUUUAUUAAAUUAUUAUACUUUUCUAUAUUACAAUGAUGAUUAAUAUAAUUAUAUUGAUAAUGAAGAUGAAAUUGAAGAUUAUAUGAAUGCAACAUAACAUCAACUAUUCUGUAUUAAGACAAAAAUCACAUACAAAUUUAUUUUUUUAAUUUUCAUAGAUUUUAGAGGGGACACUCUAUAAAAAAAUAUUGACAACUGUUUUUGGGUUUGGAGACCUUUAGUACAACCAGAAACAUUCAACACACUGUACUACUUUUCCAUGGCCACUCUGAAUGAAUAAUUAUAUUUCGUUUUACCCCAAAACCUAUGUAAUCUUCAUAGAAAUCCUAUAUAGUCAUGAAUUAUAUAUACUGUGUGUAACAGUAAUUAAAAGGUUGCUAUAUUAGAAUUUUUUACUGAGCUGAAAUUACUGUCCGGUUCAAUGCACUGUAAAUUGAAGAAAAUUGUGACUUUGUUUGCAUUCGGCAGGUAAUGGUUAGAGGAUCCAGAUAAAAUUGUGUGCUCACACUUGCGUUCAUACAGAAAAUCCCCGAUCCAGAUAUCAAGAAGAUGAUGUAGGCUCUUUUGCCAAUAGGAAAAUUUAAAUUGGAAAUGUGUGAUUUGUUAAUGAUAGAUACGCGUUCAACUUGCUAACAGAUGGUGUAUCCAGAUCCUGGUAACUAUUAACGCUAACCAAUCAGGCGUUCUCACACAGGUGCUAAUGGUUAGCUACUGAUCCGGAUGCUAGAGCUCUGGUGUGAACUUAUCCUGUAUAUGAACACAGUUCUGCUUUUUGUAUUUUAUCAUAUGUCACCGCAAGCUACUUUAUAGCCAUAAUAUUGGCGCUGGUUCGAACAAGAGCGUCAGAAGCGGUCCAGCUGGUCCAGUUUUGGCCGGACCAAUAAUUUAUAACUCAGUAUCGUUUGCAAGCCAAAUUCUACUUUGUACGACGCAAUCAAACAUAACCUGCACAUUCAAAUUUGGAGGGGCCGGCUGGGACCUCCCUCGAACCUGCCAUUUCCCAGUGGUGAAACUAGGUUCCGAUGGGCCCUUUUUCGAGAGUGCAGUCAUCACACAGGCUAAGAAUGC